AGUGGGCGGGGCGUAACAGUAAAGUUACCGAGCCGGUCUGAAAAUGAAAGAGAUGGCACAGAUGUGAUGAAAUCCGCGGAGAUGGCGGUCGUAGCAGUGUCUCUGUGCGUGCUGGUGGGGAUCGUGUUUGUGUGUGAGAUUGCGCGGAGAGCGACUCUGAACCUGCUCACCGGAAAGAGGCGAGAUUGCGGAAUAUACGCAGCGGAGAUCAUUUCUACGAUUCAGCUCUGCGCAUGCUCUCACGAGUUGAAGCUGCUGUCCGAAGAUGCACCCGAAAUCGCCCUGAGCUUCACCUACGUUAUAACAGUGGUCCACGCGCUGACGUUCCGCGGCGCAACCGGUAACCCCACCGCGACGCUCGAGCGCUACUGGUGCGACUCUCUGGGCGGCGCGUGCGCACUGCGGAGGACCGCGUGCCAGUUUGCAGCGGCCGUUGCGGCGGGUUUGGCCAUGCGCCGCGCGUGGGCUCUCGGAUUCUCGGAUCUGCACGCGCGCCACGAGCGCUCCGGCUUCGCGUGCGCGAGUCCGCUCGCGAACGUGCAUCUGCUGGAAGCCGUGGCCGUGGAGCUCGCGUGCGCCUUUGUUGUGCACGCCGUGGUGACGUUCACGCGCGGUGUGGAAGAGAAGUACAGAGUGCACGCUGUAGCCGCGGUGAUCACGACAGUAGUGUAUGCAGGUGGCAGUACAACAGGAGCAGUGUUUAACCCGGCGCUGGCUCUCUCAGCACAGUUCCCCUGCAGCGGCAGCACAUUUGCAAAGAACAGCCUCGUCUACUGGCUGGGACCGGUUUUAGGCGUGGCAUGUUCUCUCCUGCUGUUUAAUAAAGUCAUUCUGGCUUUUACUGCAAAGAGCACAACUCAUAAGGACCAGAACCUCCAUGCUGUACAGAAGAAGAGAAACUAAACAAAACUGCAAGCGUGAACACGUACCGUCGGUCACGAGAAAGCUUUAAACGCUUUUUAAUGUUUUAAAAUGUUCAUUUUUAAGACUAUAAGUACAGUAAGGUACCUGUUUUAUUAGUACCUGAAAUAAGGGUUGGUUGAAAUGGAUUGUUUAUUUUAUUUUAUUUUUUACUUAGUCUUACAGACAUCCUGCAAUGGUGAGAACGGUUAGGACGUAUAAAUGUGUAUGUGUGUGUAUAUAUAUAUAUAUAUAUUUAUAUAUAUACACACACACACACACACACAUUUAUACGUCCUAACUGUUCUCACCAUAUAUAUAUAUAUGUAGAUAGAUAUGUGAACACCUAAACAUUUAACUACUGCUGUUAUUUAGAAAUCUAGACAAUACAGAAAGAAAAAAACAACUGGAAAUUGGCACAAACAACACACAAUAGGUCAAAGAGAUGAGAUUUUGCAGGACUUUAAUGCUUGGUGGAAAGAGGAUAUACGGGUCCGAUGUCAUAUUGUGAGAGGUAAAUCAGAAACUGUUACACGGUUAACAUUACUUUAUACCUAGACAGAUGAAGUCAUAAAAGCUUUAUUUCUUAUUUCCAUGACUGAUAUCAUCAGAGCAAAGAAUGUUAUGUCUGCCUUGUUUCGACAAACUACUGAAGCUUGUGUUUAAAUAAUAUUCCGAUCGCUUCAUGGCUGCCGUUUUAUAAAGCGUUGAAUGUCGUCCUCUACGAUAAGGAGGAAGUAUGAUUUGUACAACUUAGCCAUAAGUAGAUACUGUGAAGGAUUAUAAAACAUUUACAUAUAUGGUAUUUGGCAGACGCCCUUAUCCAGAGCAACUUGCAUUUAAUUUAUUUAUACAACUGAGGCAUUCAGGGUUAAGGGUCUUGCGCAAGGGCCCAGCAGUGGAAGCUUGGCAAUGCUGGGACUUGAAAUUCUGAUCAGUAACCACUGAGCCACUACUACCCGGUGCAACCAGAGUGAAUUUCUUUCAUACAUAUCCAGUCUUAAUACAUGAUUUCAAGUACAUCACUAAAAAUAUCUAAAAGUAUACUAAACGCGCAUCUCUGUAAUGCAAAUGCGACAUUCCUGAAAGCAGAAAUAGGUGAUGAAUAUAAGCGUUAGGUUUAAGAUUUGGUUGCUUCUUAGCAUACAAGUAAUUAUUGCACUAUUCCUUAAAUAGCACUGAUUAUAUUAAUUAUACGCACAUUAUUGCUGGAAUUUCUGGCCAGGGAUGAAAACUGCCAGUAGUUUGAGUUGAGAAAGUAUAGUGAAUAUCUAACAAAGCACAUUCCUAAUGCUGCUGACAUGUAGAAACUGGACAAAAUAAGUUAGUCACUUCUCAUUUUAAUUCUAAUGUCUUGCAAUAAAGGAAUGCCAAUAUAGAGCAAACAUAUCCCUGUGUUUUUAUUACUGUCAGAGGUUUCGUUAGUGCUGCACUCGGGUUUAACUUCUCAAGAAAAUGAAAGGCCGCCUACAGUGUGUGAAAGUUUGUGAACCCUUUAUAUUUAUUUUUUAAUAGAUCUGCGUACAUAUGACCCUAAACUUCAUAUUUUCAAAGUCCUCAAAGUAGACAAUUAAAGUAGAACCCGAUUAAAAAAACGAGACAAAUGUAUUAUACUUGGUCAUGUAUUUAUUGAGGAAAAUGAUCCAAUAUUGCAUAUCUGUGAGUGGCGAAAGUUUGUGAACCUCUAGGAUUAGGAGUUAAUUUGAAGGUGAGAUUAGAGUCAGGUGAUUUCAAUCAGUGGACGACAAUCAGGUGUGAGUGAGUGGCCUGUUUUAUUUAAAGAACAGGGAUCUAUAUAAAAUCACCACUGUCUUAUUUUCACAACACAUAGUUGUUGAAGUGUAUCAUGGGACGAACAAAGGAGAUUUUUGAGGACCUCAGAAAAAGAGUUGUUGAUGCUGAUCAGGCUGGAAAAGAUUACAAAACAAUCUCUAAAGAGUUUGGACUCCACCAAUCCACAGUCAGACAGAUUGCGUACAAUGGAGGAAUUUAAGAUCAUUGUUACCCUCCCCAGUAGAUAUCAACCAACAAAGAUCCCUCCAAGAGCAAGAUGUGUAAUAGUCCACGAGG